AUAUUCUUAGUGGUUCUUAGUUGUUCGUUUUUUGCCAACACACUGUAUUUGCACCAGUUUCAGACAUGCAAGCUUACUAAACUAAGCUUUACGUCUUUAGGUAAUGAAUCAUUUGUUGGAAUUUACGCAAAAAAUUGUCCAGAGUGGUUUUUGACAGCGUUUGGGUGCAUUCAACAGUCAAUAGUUAUUGUACCUCUGUAUGAUACAUUAGAUGCUAACGCAGCUUCCUAUAUUGUUAAUCAAACUCAGAUGCAAGUAGUUGUAGUUGAUAGCACAGAUAAAAUUGGAAAAUUAUUGACAAACAAAAUAUGUCCUUCAUUACGGCAUAUAAUUGUUAUUCCAAAAAGUGAUCUCAAAGAAUUUGCUGCAAUUGAUCCAGAUGUUCAGUCUACUACAGCUUCCAAUAUAGCCAUGGACAAAAGACAAAACGUUACUCAGACACUAAAAAAUUUUUAUACGAGUGGUACGACAGGCCCACCAAAAGGUGUCAUUUUGACUCACCGAAAUUUGGUUUCAUCAGUUUCGUCCUUCUAUAUUCUAGUUGACAAAUGUGCACCUAGAAUGUUUAACAUGCGUAAGGUUCUUCUGUCGUUUCUUCCAUUAUCGCAUAUGAUGGAACAGCUUGAUCACUGGUGCACAAUACUAAUGGGGGGCGCUGUGGGUUAUUACAGUGGAACAAUUCAGGGCUUGAUGAAUGAUGCUGCAGCGUUAAAGCCAACUAUAUUUCCAGUUGUACCACGGCUUUUAAAUCGACUUUACGAUACGAUACAAGCUAACGUACAAAAAUCAGGAUGGUUUAAAAGAGCCAUAUUCAACUUUGCAUACAACAGAAAAUUAGCGUUACUAAAAAAAGGCAUUUUUUGUAAUGAUACAAUAUGGGAUCGUUUGGUGUUCUCGAAAAUACAGUCAAAACUGGGUGGUUGUGUUCAAAUGAUGGCCACCGGUUCAGCUCCGGUAAGCAAGGAAGUCCUUGAAACUUGUCGAAUUGUCUUGGGCGCAGCUAUUCUUGAAGCUUAUGGCCAAACUGAAUGCACAGCUAUUGCAACUAUAACAUGGCUAACGGACAACACUGCUGGACACUGUGGUGGUCCCGCAACUUGUACUGUCUUAAAGCUGGCCGAUGUACCCGAAAUGAACUAUUAUGCAUCUGAGGGCAAAGGUGAAAUUGUAGUUAAAGGGCCCAACAAUACUCAAGGUUAUUUCAAAGACCCAGAAAAAACAGCUGAGUUAUUUGAUAAAGAUGGGUAUCUACAUACCGGUGAUGUUGGACAAUUACUGCCCGGUGGAAGGUUGAAAAUUAUUGAUCGAAAAAAACAUAUUUUCAAAUUAGCUCAGGGAGAAUAUGUCGCACCAGAAAAAAUUGAAAAUGUUUACAUCAGGGUGCCAUGUGUACAACAAGUAUUUGUAGAUGGCGAUUCUUUGGAAAGCUAUCUUGUCGCAAUUGUUGUCCCUGAAGAAGAUGUCAUUAGAGAUUGGUUUAAACAAAAUGUCGAUACCAAGAAUCAAUCCUAUGAAGCGAUAUUGAAAGAUGAAAAAGUACGAAAAUACGUCCUUGAUGAGAUGCAAAAAACCGGUAAACAAAACAAAUUGAAUUCUAUUGAACAGGUAAAAGCCGUCUAUCUAACAGCAGACCCGUUCACCGUUGAAAAUGGUCUGCUAACCCCCACCUUGAAAGCGAAGCGACCACAACUCCGACAACGCUACGCAGAUGAAAUUAAGCAGCUUUACAACAAGUCCAAGCAGUAGCG